GAGCCGGGGAGGAGCCGGGGCUGGAGCUGAGGAGGAGCCGAGGAGGAGCCGGGGCUGGAGCCGAGGAAUAGGCAGAGCUGGAGCCGAGGAGGAGCCGGGGCUGGAGCCGAGGAAUAGGCAGGGCAGGAGCCGGGUCUGGAGCAGCCGAGGUUUCGUGGGAUUGCUGCUUUGGUGCUGUCUGACCAGGGAGUUCUUUAAAUACUCUCCAGAAGAGGUCACACAGAACUGUCAAAGUUAGACUGGCGGAAGGAAGAAGAUGUCCUCGAAUGGACUGCAGAAGACAAUUAGUAACCCGAUAAUUCCAUAUGUUGGGACAAUACUUGGUGGCCUUGCUCCUGGAGAGCUGAUUGUGAUACAUGGCACUGUUCCUGAGGAUGCAGACAGGUUCCAGGUGGAUUUCCAGUGUGGCAGCAGCAUAAAGCCUCGAGCUGAUGUGGCGUUUCAUUUCAACCCCCGUUUCAAAAGGUCUGGUUGCAUUGUUUGCAACACAUUGGAGCAGGAAAAAUGGGGCUGGGAGGAGAUCACUUACGAGAUGCCCUUUCAGAAAGGGAAGUCAUUUGAAAUUGUCAUCAUGAUUUUAAAGGAUAAAUUCCAGGUGUCUGUAAACAAGAAGCACGUGCUGCUCUACAAAUACAGAAUUAGCCUUGAAAGAAUAGAUACGCUUGGAAUAUAUGGCAAAGUGCAGAUCAGAACUAUAGAAUUUGUUUCUAACCCUAUACAAGGCUCUCAGCCCUUAUCUCUAGGAGUAACCAAGAAAAACACAGAAAAUGGGGAUGUGCCUAAUGAUUCCAAAUUUGGAGUUCCAUACAUUGGGAAGCUUGAUGCUCCACUUCGUCCAGGAUGCACAGUUGCCAUUAAAGGUGAAGUGAAUAAUAAUGCAAAGAGCUUUGCGAUAGAUCUGAAAUCAAGUGACUCAAAGGACAUUGCAUUACAUCUGAAUCCCCGAGUGAAAAAUAAAGUUUUUGUAAGAAACUCCUACCUUCAUGACAGCUGGGGAGAAGAAGAAAGGGAAGUUGCUGGUUUCCCCUUCAGCCAAGGGAUGUACUUCGAGCUGAUCAUCUUCUGUGAUGCCCAGCAGUUCAAAGUUGCUGUUAAUGGUGUUCACACUCUGGAGUACAAACAUCGUUUCAAACAACUUGAAAAGAUUAGCAUAGUGGAAAUCAGGGGUGAUGUUCUGUUGUUAGAUGUGAGGAGCUGGUAGUUCUUUUGAGUCAGCACUCAAAGAAUUAAACCUCUCCCAAUGACAGUGCCUCUUUGUGAAGUACGAACAGGUGCUGAUUCAUGCUGAGCCUGCCCUUACCUCUCUUAGCUUCUGUAUCUGCCUCUCUGAGUUAGGUGAGUACCAAAGCUGCUAACUGCGAGAUUAAAUCCUUCUCUACAGUAUCCUGGAAGCUAAGUAAGUGUUCACAUAAAUCUCUUGUAUUAUGACAUCUAGCAAUAUGAAAAUGCUGCAUCAGACUGUGUCUAACACUUGCACUCUGUAUAUAUAAGUUAAACUACUACUUCUGAAGUAGAAGAGACUAAAAUAAGAUCCGAAGAUAUUAUUAACCACCCCAAAAGGGACAUUGAUAAUUCAUUUGAAAUAAUAGAACUCUGAAAUAUACUCUUCUGCUUCUUAGUUUAUAUUAGCAACUAUAACUUUUUUACUUUGGCUGGGUUAAGCAAACAAUUGACCCAGUUCUAGCAUAAGGGGCAAUUUGAUCUUCCUUAGUCUGCUGCUGCAGUAGUAGCUUCUCUGACACUGUCACCCCCCAGCAUUUCUAGCUUCUUGUUUUCCUAAGUGGAGGAAAUGAAAAUGCUGUAUCUGGUUCCCAUUGUGUGAACUUUUGAAAGCUUGUUUGAUCUGAAAUAGCUCUGGAGUUGAGAUUCCUCAGGGACUGAAGUAGAUAUUUGUGUGUUUUUUUUAAAAAUUGUGUGAAGCCAGGUACUCCAGGCAAGGUUUCAGCUGAGAUGAGACUCGAAUACUCAUCAGUAGAAUAAAGAAUGAAUCUUUGUGCAGCCUUGUAUUAAACUGUCAGUCUGAAACAUGCUGGUCCUAUUCAGUGUUUGGUACAAAUGCCAGUCUUAAUUUUUAUACUUUUUUUAGAAAUAAGCUGCUACUGGCUGUCAAUACCUGCCUGAGGGAUGUUUGUGUUUUUCUUAACAGCUGCUAAAAGAGUGAAGUAAUUCCAAGAAUAAGAUGUACCCUUAGACUGUUUAAUUACCAUAUUUAAUGUAUAAAAAGCAUCAAUA